CGCCAAUGAAUAGAACCAAGCAGGAACUAGCAUAAAUAAACCUUUUGAUCAACCCUCAGCCUCACUCUGAAAAUACAUAGCUCCUCCCUCACUUCUUCACAGCUCAAAAUCUCCCGUUGCAUCAUCUUCCUUUUCAUCAAAUUUUUUUCUCACUUUCCAAACAUUUCGUAGAAUCAUGGGUGUUUUCACAUACGAAUCCGAGUCCACCUCCGUCAUCCCCCCUGCUAGGUUGUUCAAUGCGACUGCUCUUGAUGGUGACAAACUCAUCGCCAAGCUUGCACCGCAAGCUGUGAAGAGCGUUGAGAUCCUUGAAGGAGAUGGCGGAGCUGGAACCAUUAUGAAGAUCAGCUUCGGUGAAAGUAGCACAUAUGGCUACGUGAAAAAAAGAAUUGAUGCGAUUGACAAGGAGAACUUUGUGUACAAGUACAGUAUGAUUGAGGGAGAUGCUAUCUCUGAGACAAUUGAGAAGAUCUCUUAUGAGACUAUGUUGGUGGCUUCCAGCAACGGUUCGAUCAUCAAGCGCACCUGCCACUACCACACCAAAGGUGAUGUUGAAAUCAAGGAAGAGCAUCUCAAGGCUGGCAAAGAGAAGGCCUCCCAACUCUUGAAGUUGGUUGAGAACUACCUCUUGGAGCACCAGGAUGCCUACAACUAAAUUUUCUUCUACCUCUUCAAUGAUUUUCUAUGUGUUGAUCAAAACUUUGUGUCCUCUUUAGCAUCAAUGAAUUAUGUGGUUUUCGUUCCUUUAUUUGUAACUUCUGCUUCUGGAAUACUAUUUAGGCUUGUAAUUCGAGAUUUUGAGUGACCAGUGAAUAUUGUAUUUCCUUAAAUUUACAAAUGAAUAAAAAGAAAAUCAUGGAGGUUUGAUAAUAUAUUUG